ACAUGUGAGAGGUGAGGCAUGGAUCAAUCAUUAAAAAAAUCACACUACACCAUCUUUCUCUGUACCUUCACUCCUCUUUUCACGCUCCUGGUCUGCUCUUCAAAGGUCACAUAGUGUAUUGCAGUCAUGUCUGAAGGACCGAAAAAGGCCAAAUCCAAAUACUCAGCAACACGCAGACUUCAGCUGAAGAGCAAACUGCUGAAAAAGGCAGAAAGCUUGCUGGUGAAAGAAAAAGAGCAGAAAGAAGUGGAGAGAGAAAACACCCUGAGGGAGAGAGCGCCGCCCCUCAAUCUCUCAGGCCUCUCGGUCCAAGAACUGCAGGAGCUUUGUAGAGAUUUGCACCACAAGAUUGACAUUGUGGAUGAAGCGCGCUAUGACCUCAAUAUAAAGGUCACCAGAAAUGAUGCAGAGAUUCUCUCAUUAACCCAAAAGAUCUAUGAACUGAAGGGAAAAAUGAAGCGGCCGAACUUGAGAAGGGUGAAGAAGUCGGCGGAUGCCAUGCUGGGAGCGCUCACAGACACCAGAGUCAUGAAAGCUGACUUCAAAGCCAACCUCAAAACAGUUAAAAAAGAAGAAGAAAAGAAGGAAGAGGUCACAGACUGGAGGAAAAACGUGGAGGCGAUGUCAGGCAUGGAGGGCAGGAAGAAGCUUUUCGAUGCCGGACAGUAGAAAAGAGCUUGCCGAUGAUAAAAGUGGCGGCGUGGAUACAAAGCUCAUGUUUGUUUGAAUUUUAAUCACCUUCAACAUUUUAUGGUAAAUUAUUCAUUUAUUCUUGUCAGCUGGCUAUGGCUUCCAUGCAACAUUAAAGGAAGAGUUCAGCCAAAAUAUUUAGAAAAUCGACUCCCCCUCAGGCCAUCAGAGAUGUAGUUUGUCUCUUUAGCAGAACUGAUUCGGAGUAGCAUCACAUAACUCGCUCACUAAUGGAUGCUCUGCAGUGAAUGGGUGCCGUCAGAGUCUAAACAGCUGAUAAAAACAAUCCACACCACUCCAGUCCAGCAAUUAACAUCUUGUGAAGUGAAAGCUAUGUGUUUGUAAGAAACAAAUCCAUCAAGGCCUUUUAACUUUUUUUAACCAACGUAACAAUAAUGCUUCCACCAGUGGAAAAAGUCCAUCUUCUGUUCUCCUCUCAUAUCAAAAUCCACCCAAAUAUUUGUUCAGAACCGAUCUGGAGUGGUUGCACUUGUAAACGGUGCUUGUUCUGUGCAUGCUUUCCUCCUAAUUCAGUUGAGAUUACGUUUUCAUUGGAGAAAGCAACAUAUUUUAGCCAGAAGCAACAGUUUGAAGUUAAGAACACAGCUUUUUACUUUGCUAGCUGUUAAGUAAUUGACUGGGGUGGUGUUGUGGAUUAUUGUGGUGUGUUUUGUAACAGCUGUUUGGACUCCUUCUGACGGCAGAGCAUCCAUUUCUGAGCGAUGGAAUGCUGAAUCUCUCCAAAUCUCUUCCAGUAAAGAAACUAAAUCCUCUACAUCUUAGAUAGCCUGAGGGCGAGCACAUUUUUAGCACAAUUUUUUUAUUUUUGGGUGAACUAUUCCUAAAGACGUAUUCAAAACUUUGGGGUUGGUGCAGUUUUUAUAAUUGUUUUGAAAAGAAGUCUCUAUGCUCACUAUAGCUGCAUUUAUUUGAUCAAAAAAAUACAGUAAAAAAAACAGCCAUGUUAUGAUAUAAGGCAAUUUAAAACUGUUUCCUAUUUGAAUAUAUAUUUUGAAAUGAUAAAGGGGCAUCUUGAUACAAUGCUCAUGUUGUUUGUUUGAAUUUGAAUCACCUUGAACAUUAUUUUAUGGUAAAUUAUUCAUUUAUUUUGUCAGCCAGCUGUGGCUUGCACGCGAUAUUAAAUUGUGAUUUGCUGCGAUUAAAAUGUGCGAGUGGCGUGCUGUCCAUAGAGAGGGAUUAGAUAAUAGAACAACCUCAUAUUCACAUCUUAUCAUAUCAACUGUGUAAAUAUUUGCUUCGUAUUCAGUGUUGAUUGAAACCAAUAAAGCUUCUGUUUACCCUGGGGUGAA